AUGUCACGUCCACAAUCUUUCUCACCGCCGUCUAGAGCACGCUCGACUUCUCAAAAUCCAACCACACCUACGCAUGCCAAAAAGAGAAAAAGAGGUGAAAAGAAUCGGACUGUUCCUCAAGAGCUGUAUGCCGGUGAAAGGAGAGGUUCGACAAGUCGAUUAUCACCUAUCGUCUAUCGGGGCCAGGAGAGGGAAUACGAUGAUGCAAGGUGGCAGGAGGAGGAGUAUGAGCACAAGGAGUUGGAUGUAUCGCGAGGGAUAUCUUCAGGUGAAGGACGGGAAGGAUGGACAUACCAUCUCGAAGUCAUCCAGCAGCCUCAGAGAGCGAGAGCCUGUGGCUUUGGUAACAAGGAUCGACGGCCAUUAUCACCACCACCUAUCAUACGCUUGUGGAUACAGACAGCAUCAGGUGCAAACGUGGAUCCAAACACUGUUGACCCUCGAUUCCUCAUAUUAAUGGUUGACCUCUGGUCAGCGGACCGACAGCAGGAACGAAACGUCGUGAUGCAUCCUGUUUCUGCUGGGGUAUCGAAACUUGAAUCCCCACCGGUUGGACAGGUCGAUUUACCGUCAGUUGCUAGACCUUCUUCGAGACCUAGCACAGGCACAUCAAGACCUAUGAGCGGUUCGAGUGCUGGUGUGUCAUCUUGGUCAAGCGGGUCUUGGAGGCAGCCAAACUACCAUUCCCCUGUCCCUCCUUCGCAUGCUUCUCCAUAUCCUCGUGAAUCUCCAAGACCACAUUCCUCUCGCGAUCAACCUCUACAAUCAUCGUCAAACAGCCGUUCUCCCCAAUCAGGCUGGACUAGCUCUCAUCCACCACCGCCUCCUCCUCCUUUUCAUCGCACACAAAGCUAUGGGAACCGACAGUUGGAACAUGAGCCUGAUCCGCCGAGACCUAAAACGGCGCCAUCCCCCCAUCAUCCUCUGCAACAACAACAACAGCAGCCAUCAUCGACUAUUUCUCCUCGUGGUCCUACUCCCUCGAAAUCAUCGGUGAAUCUUCCUCCACUAGCGUCAAUCGCAGAAGAACGACCUUCGACAUCUACCGGUCUCACUUUACCUGCAUUGCAAGCUCACAGGGAGCAACAGCUUUUCCGACCUGGCAGCAGUAACAGUUCUCUUUGGGGUAGACCGCGGACAGGUCAAUCAAUUACAGACGCUAGUACAGCUCCUACCGAUUACUCAUUCGCUGGGAGGCCAAUAUCCAGCUCUUCGUCAAGUUGGUACGGGUCAACCGAAUUGGGUGGAGGGAAAGAUAGACCGUCGUCUUCAUGGUCAGAGAUGAGACCUUGGUCUUCGGGUCUAAACCACUCUGUUACUCGCCCUUCAUCGUCUGCUGGAUCGGGUAUCGCACCACCUUCACCGCAUUCUUCACAAUUUGCAUAUUCGUCCAAAUUCCCUGAUCAGCAAUGGCCACCUACACCUGGAAGUUUGACCUACCCGCCCAAUCAACCUGACGUAUCUUGGGAGACUGACCGAAUGAGAUACAACAUUCCAUUGCAUCCGUCUUCGCAACCUGCGGCUCAGUACAGUCGCGUAUUGGUUGGUAAAGUAACUGCGAUAUGUCAUAAAUUACAAGAUGAGCAAGAUAAGCCGGGAUUAUACUUUUUCGCUGCUGAUUUGGGUAUAAGGACAGAAGGGACUUUCACGCUGAGAAUGGUGAUGACUGAUAUAGCUUCGAUGAUGGACCCGGAAGUCGUUUUGGGCGCCAAAGCUCCGGUACUGGCUGAAACUUUUUCUGAACCAUUCACAGUCUACUCGGCCAAGCGGUUUCCUGGUGUUAUACCUACUACCAACCUCACCAAGGUAUUCGCAUCUCAAGGCGUGAAGCUGUCAGUGAGGGAGACGAAGAAAGGUUCGGGAGGGGGUGAUGAUGCUGAAGAGGAAGAGGAAGAUUAA